AUGGCUGAAUUAUUAAAAAUCAUGUGGACAAUACCUGUUAACGUAUGUGGUUGUGAACGAAGUUUUUCAGCGUUACGAAGAAUAAAAACAUACAUUAGAAAUACAACUGGACAAGAACGAUUAACAUGUUUAGCAUUAAUAAAUAUAGAACAAGAUUAUGAAAUUGAUAUUGAUGCUAUACUUGGCUUCGACGAUACAAAAUUAUUCAAUUCUACAUCAAGCAAUAAAAUAAAAUGUAAUGAACAGUGA